AUGCAGCCGCCCGCAAGCAUUCCCUUGCAGUUGGCCGCGGGGGGCGUUAUUGCAGGCCCACCAGAGGCCGUCACCUGCGCCUUGCAGGGCACCUCCCUCCUGCGCCACACCCUCUCCUUGCGCGCAAAGCUGCUUGAAGCAGUAAGCUCCGAGCUGAAAGAUGCCAAAAACGGCCAGAGCCUCUGGGAGAUUUGCGUCUGGGCGCAGUCAGUGAUCAUGUCGCGGGGCUUCAAAAUCCCCAAGGGCAGCGAUCGGCUGGUGCUGAUCCCCAUCGUGGACAUUGCCAACCACGCGGCCACCCACAAGGACGCCAACGCCGAUGUCCGGAACAACCUGGAUGGCAGCAUCUCAAUGGUGGCAUGUCGGGACAUCGCUCCAGGAGAGGAGAUUCGCAUCUGCUAUGGCGAGUACACCAACGAGCAGCUCCUGUUCUGUUACGGCUUCGUCAUUCCUGAGAAUCCCUGCCAGGGGCUGGUAUGCCCCUUGCAGUUCCCCGACACCCCCAAGAGGGCCGAGCUACUGCACCACUGCCUCAGCCACCGCCGGCAACUGGCACCACAUCCACUUCCUUCCAAAGCCGGCCCCCUCCUCUACCGGGCCAAGGGCGCUGCAAAUUCAGAGCUGCUGAUGGCUCUGAAGGUCACGAAUCUGUCAGAGGAGCAGGCACACGAGCUUUUGGAGGAAAAGAGCUGGGAAUCCCCCUUGUUGCAGCCAGGACCCCAGGAGUGGGUGGAUGGUUUAGCCUUCCUGGGCGCUUGGCGUCGCGAGCUCCCCAACUGCUACGUCGAAGGCGAGGCCUUCGGGCCGUGCGGGCAACUGCAGGCAGAAGCCAGGGCACUGGUAGAGGAGGCCAUGGCGCAGACGGCGGCCUCGCUACCGCUACCCCUCUAUCUGAGGUGGAGGGUUGAGCGCGCUCUCUCCUGGGCGGUCUAUGGCUAG